AUGAAAAAGGCUAAUAGUGAGGCUGGAUUCAACGCUGGUGACGGUAAGCGUUAUUUCAGCGUUCCAGGCUCGCGGACAGCCGCCAUCAUAGACGUGGAGAACACCACGAACGUUGGUGUACCGGGACGCUGGGUGUUUCAGGUAGACAAGGCGGAGGUCACUGCUGCGGGGGACUGUAGUAGUAGUAGCAGGGGAGGUCUUGUGGUUUCCCCAAUCCAGGGUCUGAUAUACGGUGGAACCGAGGUCUUUAUGUCAGGUCCUUGCUUCAAUGAAACCGAUGACCUUCUAUGCAAAUUUGGAGGUCAAGUGGUUCCCGGAUACUACAUCAGCGAAUUGCGCGCGAAGUGCUACGCUCCGCCGUUGUUCAAUAAAGAGCGCGUCAGCUUCCAACUGUCCACUGACGCUGGGAAGUCUUUUAGAUAUAGAGCGUUUUUCAUUCCAACGUACCAUUAUGACGUAGCAUAUGACGUAGAGCGCGCUAACAGAGCGGCCUGGGAUAACGGCGGUCCAUACGUCAUUAGGUGGGAAGUUGAGAAGCUGAAUACAUCGCUGGUUGAUAUCGACCUUUUAGCCAUAAGUAACGAUGACAAUGGACAGGUUGAAUUACACUGGAUCCCUGUGACGAGAGGGAUGGCAAACUCCGGUACUGCUCGUCUUGGGCAGUUGAUACAAGUGGCGCCCCUGGCGGCAUUAAGUGGUGCCAUCCGUGUGUCGUCUGCUGGAUCCGCUGUGGAGGAAAAGAACACAUCUCCAGUCCUGUGGUCGGACCUUCAUACCUUGGAAUGGUACGCGCAUGCGUACAUUACAGCCGCCUUGCUUGGACAAACGAAAAACGCGGAACAUACAUCUUUCUUAGAUGACGUCAUUCCUGACCUCAGAGACCGUCUGCGAUCAACGCCCAAGAAUUGGGAAGCCAUCAUAUCAGCAUUGAAAGUUUACCGAAAAGACAUUGCUGUUUCUGUCUGCAGAUCUUGGUUUGACAAAGAUAGAGGCGUCCCGUUGCCUGGAGACCUCCCACCAUGCCCCUGUACGCUCCAGCAGGCACUGAGAGAUAGAGGGCGCUAUGGUCCAGACCCUACUUGUUACCAGGGGUCGUCCUAUGCAUAUAAUUGUGAGCUGAACCCUGGCGCCGAGCACUGCGUUAUAUCAAGUGGUUGUAGCCAAUCAGGAGGAGCCACGCAGUGUUGCUAUGGCGGAAAAGGUCGACUUCUCAAUGUAGCCGACUGGGAGAUCGGAGGCGGGACCUUAGACCGAGCCCAUAUGACAUGUUCACAUCCCCACCAAGCCCCUUACGUGUCUCACUUUGCGAAUGAUAUGGCGCCCCAGCAUUUCUGUUGUCUGUGGUCCAAAAGCCCGGAUCUCUGCAGGAGCACUUACUACCGCCGGAGACCGUCACGUGACUGCAAGGGCUAUGUGCCGCCAAGAAUAGUUGGCGCCUUUGGUGAUCUUCACAUGAUGACUUUGGACGGUACCUUCUACACCUUUAACGGGUUGGGAGAAUACGUCAUUAUGGAAACAAAGGACAAGCGUUUUGUGAUACAAGGACGCACUCAACAAAUACCAACUUCUAGAGCAGGAAUCAUGACACGAGCGACAGCUUUGACGUCAUUUGCUGUGACGUCAGGUGACGACCACGUGAUUGAAGUGAACACGACUGACCGAAGACCCAUCGAUGUUUUGGUGGACAGUAAGAGAGUUGAAUACAAUGAUUUAGACCUGGAUUUUAUGACUGGUGUUUUAUUUCAUACACAGAACACUACAUCAUUGGGGAUCAGUCUGCAGCAGUUGGGCGUGUACUUGGAGGUACAGUCAGCGGCUGGUUUCCUCAAUCUGAAGCUCUUCUUGCCAGCCACAUUUAAAGGUGAGACUCAGGGAUUGGUUGGAACCUGGAAUGACGACCCUGAUGAUGACUUUAUGACUAGGAGUGGUACAGUGGUGCCAUCUAACGCCACAAACAGAAACAUCCAUGUGGACUUUGGAGAGACAUGGAGGACGGACGACAACACCAGUUUAUUCACCUAUUACAACGGCACGAGUCACGCGGAUUACCAGGACGUGAACUUUGAGCCGCUGUAUGAAAUACCGUUUGAUUUUCGGUCCAAUGAGACCCGCCAGAGGGCGACACAAGUCUGCGGCACAAUCAAGCAGUGUCUGUUUGACUUUUUGAUGACCGAGAGAGAGGACAUUGCCAUAGCAACCCGGAAAUUUGUGCUCGGGAUUGAAAAAGCUGUGAAUGAUACCAAGCCGAUUGUGACUUGCGGAUAUCUAGCGACGCCGCUGAACGGGACAAAACACUUCACAGGCUAUUUCGCAGGCAAUGAGGUGACCUUCAGAUGUGAUGAAGGUCACACGUUGGUGGGCUCUUCAGUAAGGCGGUGUCUGAUUGGUGGAGGGUGGGACGGUAAAAAAACACAGUGCAGAGCAUCAGGUACCACACGGCUUUCAUAUGAUGGUUUUCUCUUCAUUCCUGUUUUGUCGCUUGUUGUGACAACAUACAUGGUGCUAUGA